UCCGCUGCGCUCCGCCGCAGACACCGGCAGGGCGCCGGGUGAGCCUGGCAGGCUAUGGGAUGGAUGAAGCUGAGCAGGACCAGUAUGAAGCCCGCCUCAAGGAGCUCUUUGACAGCUUCGACAGCACGGGCACGGGGUCGCUGGGGCAGGAGGAGCUCACUGAUUUGUGCCAUGUACUGCACCUGGAGGAGGUGGCCCCGGCAUUGCAGCAGACCCUGCUCCAGGGCAACCUCCUAGGCAGGGUCCACUUUGAUCAGUUCAAGGAAGCACUUAUCCUCAUCUUGUCCAGAACACUGUCAAAUGAAGAGCACUUCCAAGAACCAGAUUGCUCCCCAGAAGCGCAGCCCAAAUACAUCAAAGGCAACAAGCGCUACGGCCGCCGGUCGCUGCCGGAGUUCCAGCAGUCCGUGGAGGACUUUGCUGAGGUCACCGUCCUCGAGCCGCUGGGAGAGGAAGUGCAGCCUCCACACAUCACAACCAGCGGCCGUGAGGAGUGCUGGAAGACUCAGGACAGCGAGGAGUACGAGGCAGAAGGGCAGCUGCGCUUCUGGAACCCAGACGACCUGAAUGCCUCCCAAGGCACAUCACUGCCCACACCAGAAUGGGUGGAGGAGAAGCUGCAAGAGGUCUGUGAGCACCUCGGCAUCUCCAGGGAUGGCCACUUGAACCGCAAGAAGCUCAUCUCCAUCUGUGAGCAGUUCGGGCUCCAACACAUCGAUGGGGAGGUGAGUGGAGUUGGGGGUUGCUUAAGCAAUGAAGUAUUACCCAGAUUCCAAGCAUACCUCCUUAAUCCGAGGAAUUUUCUAUCUAGGAAGAAAACAUUGAUGGGUGUGCAGGGGGCUGGAUCUGCCUGUACCCCCCACAGCUCUCCCCUUUUCCUCCAGUCCUUUGACGAGAGCGGCCGCCGCACUGCGGGCCCCGCCGCCAUGCCCAGCACCGUUGGGUUCUGCCUCUUCUCCGGCCUGGAUGAUGGCAUGGGUUAUGGCUGUGUGGAGGGCAUCUUGGACUGCUGGCACCAGGAGGGCGUGGAGAACAGCCAGGACGUCCUGAAGGCUUUGGAUUUCGGCUUGGAUGGGAAGGUGAACCUGACCGAGCUGACACUGGCACUAGAAAAUGAGCUUCUAAUAACCAAGAACAGCAUCCACCAGGCAGCCCUGGCCAGCUUCAAGACAGAGAUCAGACACUUGCUGGAGCGAGUUGACCAAGUGGCCAGAGAGAAGGAGAAGCUGCGCUCGGAUUUGGAAAAAGCUGAAAAACUGAAAUCUCUGAUGGCUUCUGAAGUUGAUGACCACCAUGCAGCAAUAGAGCGCCGCAACGAGUACAACCUCAGGAAGCUGGAUGAGGAGUACAAGGAACGAAUCGGCGCUCUGAAGAAUGAGCUGCGGAAAGAGCGCGAGCAAAUCCUGCAGCAGGCUAACAGACAGCGGCUGGAGCUGGAGCAGGAGAUAGAGAAGCUGAAAACUGAUGAGAACUACGUCCGUGACCGCCUCACACUGUCCCUGAAGGAAAACAGCCGUCUGGAAAGCGAGCUCUUGGAAACUGGAGAAAAGCUGGCUGAGUAUGAAAGCCUGGCAAGCAAACUGCAGAGGAACUUGGAAAAUGUCCUGGCUGAGAAGAUCCGACAGCUGGAAUCCACUGUCCUCUCCUUAAAGCAUCAGAAGCAUCAAAGCCAGUCAGGUAUUGUCAAAGCCAUAGAGCAGGAGAAACUAAGCUUGAAGAGAGAGUGUGAACAGCUACAGAAGGAGUUGUCCUCUGCCAAUAGGAAGAUCAGUCAGAUGAAUUCUGUUGGACACGAAUUGGAAACAAGCUCAGAAAAUGAAGGGCUAAGGAAAAAGCAGGUCAAGCUGGACGAUCAGUUAAUGGAGAUGCGACGCUCGAGCAGCAGCGGGAUGCUUAGCCAGCCCCUGCACCCCCGGGAGCUCCCACAGCAGGGCUGUGCCGUGGUGCCCAGGGAGCAGUUCCUGCAGCUCCAGCAGCAGCUGCUGCAGGCGGAGCAGCGGGGCCAGCGGUUGCAGGAGGAGCUUGAGAGCAGACCUUCUGAAACCAACAUGCAGCAGGGGGGCCAUGAGCAGCUUCUAAAGAUGAUGGAAGAGCGGAUGAUGGAUGUUGAACAGAAACUGAGGCUCGUGAAGAGGCUUCUCCAAGACAAAGUAAAUCAGCUGAAGGAACAACUUUCCAAGAACACCAAAGCAGACGCAGUGGUCAAGGAUCUCUAUGUUGAGAACGCUCAACUGCUGAAGGCUUUGGAGAUGACGGAGCAGCGCCAGAAAACUGCCGAGAAGAAAAACUAUUUACUAGAAGAGAAGAUCGCCAACCUCAAUAAGAUCGUAAAGAACUUGGCAUCCCCAUCUUUCAGUUCAGCAGCUGAGUUAAGGUCAUAGCAAAGCCCCGAAGUACGCCACAAUCCCGUGCACUUUACUGGAAUUGUAAUAUUUCAGCUUUUCACUGCGUUGCCUUUUUGUAUUGAUGAACCUUUAGUUAAGAGAUGCCUCCAAGGGGUGGCAGAGCUAAAUCCCAAGCAGACACUGCCUACAGAGAUCCUUAUGUUUAUUCCCAAACUAUUUUUCUGCUCAGUUUUGGCUAAAAGUAAUCUUUGCUAUGUAAAAAAAAAAAAAAAAAAAGGAUGUUUUUCUAGGUUAACUUAUUUUGAUACUUUGGUUUUAAUUUAAAACACGAAUGCUGAAUAUACUGAAUUGAUUAUUUCUAUUUAGGCCGAAGCACAAACUGCUGGUAUUGAACUAAUGACUUUAAAACCCUUUUGGUUUUCUGGGAUACUUCUUGGUCCAAACCUAGUAAUAUAAUUAUAAUAUAAUCAGGCUCAUCUGAGUUGGAAGGGACCUGUAGGUCUGCUCCAACUGGAACAGGGAACGAGGAGGGACAUCUACAGUCUGAAUACUGCUGAUGGAAUUGCUAUUGAAAGCAAGACUUUCCCGGUGUUGUCUGUAUCCUGCAAUACGAUUCUAGUUUCUGUAAAGCAAUAUGCUCCACUUCUGCAUUAGGAAUCUGGGUUAUUCCUCAUGGCUGUUUCUCCACAGAAGAAAAGCAGUCAAAGAUGCGUAAAUAGACUACUGCCUCCAACUGACCUAACUGUGUUUUAUCUGGAGAAAUGUCCCAGGUGGCAAAUAAAGACUACUGCUCUUUUUUUAUUUUUUUAUUUUUUUUGAGAAAUUGUACAGGCCUUUUUUUUUUUUUAAUACAAAACAGUAGAAGAGUUUCUUCACCAAACAGAAGCGAAGAAAUGUAAGUUGUGCAUUCAGUAUAGUGGUGGAAUAUUAUUACACAGCUGGCAGAAGAAGGAAGAGGGGAACUUAGUGAUGUGGCUCUGGGCAGCCUGGGCUGCUGGUU